AUGUCUAACCUUGCAAAAAACUGUACAUUGAAAGACAAAGGCUACACUAACCACAGCCUUCGAGCAUCUGGAGUAACAACCCUGAAACGCAACAACUAUAAUGAUAAGCAAAUCAUGUACGUUACCGGCCACAGAAGCAGUGCAAGUUUGAACAUAUAUCAAAAAGUUGCAUCGGAUGAAAAACUUAGAAGAAUGGGUUUAGCACUUGGCUAUGCACUUACUGGAGAUCCUAGCUGUCUGACGAAAGAAAACGAGGUAGCCUGUGUUUACCAGCAGCAUCCUAAUGACCACCCCAAACAAUCAUCCAAUGCAACCCACCUUUCUUUCCGUACCAGUGGCACUGGAAACCAAAUUGUGCCUCUUCACAAGCGACAAGCUCCCCAUUUCACAGAAACUGCAACAAAUCAAAUCAAUUAA